AUGCUUGGCCGAAAUUGGCAUUGGUCUAAGCAAGUCUUCGCUUGUUUUUUACCAGCGUAUCCACUCGCACAUUUGCUUUAUAAUGCAUACAGAGAAGAAAGUCCAAUUUCGUGGAUCUAUAUCAAACGACUCGAAUAUCCAGUACCCGAUCAUCUCGCCGAUUUAGUCGAAUCAGAAAUUGAAAACGUUGAUGGAUUACCGAAGGCUGAUGUUGCAAUCUGCACGAGUAACGAACGUUUAGCAUUUCAGUUAAAGGUAUCAUUAACAGACAAGAUGGAUGCUCAUGCAUAUGGUGGUUUUUAUUUGCGACCAGCUGUCGAGUUACAACUUCCAUUACGUGCAGCAGUAAAAGAUCUUGAAGAGGCGACACGUUUGGGUGCGAUAAUUGAAAUUAGUACUGGCAUUUCUAGUAGUCGACGAAAAACAAAUAUAAAUUCGAAGUUUGGUGAGAAGUUGCUGACAGAAUUUAUAAUCAGUGACAAAGCAAAGCGUUUUAUUAUACAACGGGAAUUACAACGUGCUAACAGUGGAAAAGCAUUUUGUAUGCCAAUCUUUAUAUGGAUGACUACAGUUGGAAUGUCGUUUGUAUUUCUGAAUAUAGCAACACAAAUUGUUGGUCCAGUUGUUGCAUUUUGCCUUUCAACUGUUAUUGUGUUCACUGCGUUUCAAACUUUUUAUCAUCACUUUUCUGUGGUCUUGGAACAGAAACUCGACAUCGAAACGUGCAAAAAAUCGGAUGUGUACGUUCAAGGUGGUCUUGAUUUUCUGCGAUCAACAAUGCGGCUGAAUCGCUAUUUACGAUCAACAAUCGAUAGAGAUGAGGCAUCAAAGUGUAUUGCAGAGAACGGUGAUCGUAUUGCAGAUAAAUUGCCGUAUUCAAAAAGAUUACGAAAAAUUGAAGAUUUCAUUAGGGAACGUAAUUUUGUGCUGAAAAGUGAUUUGGAUGUUGAUGAUUAG